CAUUCACCCAACAACACACACACACCCAAACAAACCAUGAUCAAGAAAAUGAGUCCGUCGGAAAACGAGUUUGACAUCCCGGCGAAAAACUGCUACCGGAUGGUGAUCCUCGGGUCCACCAAAGUCGGGAAGACGGCGAUCGUGUCGCGCUUUCUGAACGGCCGCUUUGAGGAGCAGUACACGCCGACCAUUGAGGACUUUCAUAGGAAACUCUACAGCAUUAAAGGAGAUGUGUAUCAGCUGGAUAUUUUGGAUACUUCAGGGAACCAUCCAUUCCCAGCUAUGCGGAGACUGUCCAUUCUGACCGGUGAUGUGUUUAUCCUGGUGUUCAGUUUGGACAACCGCGAGUCCUUCCACGAGGUGCAGCGUCUGAAGCAGCAGAUCUACGAGACCAAAUCCUGCCUUAAAAACAAGACCAAAGAGAACGUGGACGUGCCUCUGGUGAUCUGCGGGAACAAGGGCGACCGCGAGUUUUACCGAGAAGUUCAGCGCGACGAGAUCGAGCAGCUGAUCGCCGGAGACGAGCAAUGCGCGUACUUCGAGAUCUCCGCUAAAAGGAACACGAACGUGGAUCAGAUGUUCCAGAGACUCUUUACGCUCGCCAAACUGCCCAAUGAGAUGAGCCCUGAUCUCCAUCGCAAGGUGUCCGUGCAGUACUGUGACAUCCUGCAUAAAAAGUCGCUGAAGAACAAGAAGGUGAAAGACGGCGACGCGUACGGCAUUGUCGCGCCUUUCGCGCGCCGCCCGAGCGUGCACAGUGACUUAAUGUACAUCAAAGAAAAAGCGAUAGGAGGUGGACAGACUAAGGAUAAAGAAAGGUGUAUUAUCAGCUAGAGUGAGCCAUCUGAAGCCCCUUGCGGUCAGUAUAGAUGCACACGGUACACUUGCGGUGCCUGUAUUGCGGUGACUCCAACAGGAUCCAACGCGUCCUGAAGAAACAGUCAUCGGCUUGAGCUCUCAGCCUCGUGGAAAAGCGCAUGUUAUGCUUGCGAGAUCUCCUGUACAGAAUAAUACACACUUUGUUCUGUUCAGCCAGAGGCGCCUCUGUGAUGAUGAUAAUACUGUGGCUUAUAAGAGUUAUCGACUCCAUGCUUAAAAAUGUGCUUUGUUAAAACAUCUGCCUUUUUGAGUGCUGAAGCGGAGAACGGGAGUUGACAUGUCAGCUGUUUACAUUUUUAUUUGAGUAAAUCAACUUGAAUGUUUUAAAUGCAGAACAAUUUUAUAUUGUUGAUGAAUGUAUAUUUAUUCUUCUAUGUCACUGUUGAAUUUAACUCUUGGUAAAAGAGAAAUAAAAAAAAACAUUUGUCAA